AUGUCGAUAGGCGAUGGCGAUGUGUUAAAGUCUGUGACGAAAGUAUGUAAAGUCAACCUAAUCAGAUGUUUACGAGAGUCGAGAAACAUCAACUAUCAAAUACUAAAGCACUUUAAGUGUUAUCUGUCAAGGAGAGUGUCAUGAGUGUUUAGAGUUAUUAAGUUGUGUUGUGGUACAACUGUAUUUGGAUGCAUGUGUAGUGUGAAAUAUUACACAACUUGGUCUUACUAAAUAAGAAUCGUCAGGUGCAUUGCCCCAGAUGAUAAAUCUAAAAGCCAAUGGGCACUGAAAGUAUGCAGAGUAAGCCACUACUCUUGUCUUUAGGCCAACACAAUGGGAGAAGCUUCAAAGGUCAUAACAUCAUGAACCGAGCUUCUUGAUGUGAGAAGUUAAAACAAUUCAUCGCCACGCAGCUAGCGUUUGAGGACUGACCAGGCACCAAGUGGUUCAUGCAAGGUGGGAUCAGACCACAAUCAUACCAAACAGAUUGAAAAUAGAAGAAGUAACAAGACAGCAUAAGUAACAAAGAUGUCUUCACCUGGGGCGACCAUUCAAGAAUAUUCCAUACGUGUUCCUAAGAAUGUUAAAAAGAAUUUCAAAGUGAUGAGAUUUAACUCGUCAGUGAAUGUAGAUUUCACAAAAUGGUCACAGGUCAAAAUGGAAAGAGAGAACAACAUGAAAGAAUAUAGAGGGCUAGACGAAGAACAACCAAAAUUUGGUGCUGGCAGUGAAUUUGGACGAGAUGCGAGAGAAGAAGCUCGGCGGAGAAAAUAUGGAAUAAAUACUAAGAAAUACCGUCCUGAAGAUCAGCCGUGGAUUCUGAAGAUUGGUGGUAAAACUGGCAAAAAGUUUAGAGGGACCCGUGAAGGUGGUGUUGCAGAGAAUGCUUCGUAUUAUGUGUUUACUCAUGGUCAGGAUGGUGUAAUUGAAGCAUUCCCAAUUCAAGAAUGGUACAAUUUUCAACCCACACAGCGGUACAAGGCCUUGUCAGCAGAAGAAGCUGAACUAGAAUUUAGCAAGCGUAACAAACAAGUGAAUUACUUUUCGUUGAUGUUAAGAAAGCGUCUGAGAGGAGAUGAAGAAGCAGAAACUGAGGAAGGAGAAGAAGCAGGGAAAUCAAAAUCUAAAACAAAAGGAAAGAAAGGUGAACUUAAAAUAUCAGAAAUGGAUGACUGGAUAGAUUCUGAUGAUGAGAAAGGGUCUGAAAGUGGCGAAGAAAAAGAAUCGGAUGAGGAAGAAAAAGAGAAAAAGAAAAAGAAAGAAGAUCCAAAGAAAAAGAAAAAGAAAGAUCCUCUAGAUGAAGCAUUUGAGGAAAGUGAUGAUGGUGAUGAAGAAGGCAGGGAAGUUGAUUAUAUAUCGGAUUCAUCAGACAGUGUUUCUGAUCAUGAAGCAAAAGCAAGUAAAGAACUGAAAGGUGUGGCUGAAGAAGAUGCACUUAGAAAACUACUUUCAUCUGGAGAAGAAGAUGAAGAUGAAGAAGAUAAAGAAAAAGAAGAAGGCAAAGACAGUGAAGGAGAAGAUAAACAGAAGGCUGAAGGUGCAGGAGGUACUAAAGAAGACAAGGAAAAGAAAAGUAAAAAGAAGAAACAUGAAAAGAAAAAGAAGGAUGAUGGAAUUGUUAAUGAUUCAUCAUCUGACAUGAGUUCCGAUAGUUCUGACUCUGAGACUGACAACAAGAAAAAACAUAGCACCAACAAAUCUCAAAAGGAACCAAGUAGUGCUGCCAGUUCACGGUCCGUGACACCCACUAAAGAUACGACAGGACCAGAGAGCAAUAAACGGAAGUCAACAAUAGCUAUUGAGCAAAUGAUGAAUAAGAAGGCUCGGUUGGACAAUUUUGCGUCUGCCUCAGUUCCUACAUUGUCGUUGGGCAGUAACGAUUCUGGUAUUACAGAAGAUGCAGUAAGGCGAUAUUUGAUGAGGAAACCAAUGACAACAACAGAGCUGUUACAGAAAUUUAAGUCCAAAAAGACUGGUUUAACAUCAGAUCAGUUGGUCAAUAUCAUGACACAAAUUCUUAAACGUAUUAAUCCUGUAAAACAAACAAUAAAAGGAAAAAUGUACCUUUCAAUAAAGGCUUAGUGAUUAGCAGUGGUAUUGAUGGAAAAUAAGGUGAAUUGUUCACCAUGAAAAGGAAUACAGCAGUGCAGAGGAGCAUGCAUGAAAAUGUGUGAGGAAGUUGGCAAACUCUAAGAAAUAAAUAAAAACAGAUUUAUGAGUGAGAGGUGGUAUUUUUUAGAAAAUAUAACUUCAUUGUAAGUCAGGUAUAACAAACGAGAUAAAUUAAAAAUUAUUAUUAUUUUUUCA